AUGUACAACGAGAACACAAGGCGUCAGGUUGUCGUCAUGGUUGCAACAAACUCAGUUGCCAACGACAUCACUAUCAAGGCCACGGAUAUUUCCCGAAAGAUCUUCCCGGAUUCGGCAUAUUUCAAGAUCGCGAAUCAGUCUUCACCCGAUCAUUCCGGCAAAUCUGUUAAUGACCUUAAUCAUACACUCAUCCCACCCGAUGAGUCGUCUGGUCACAAUGAGAACCCCGCCGACGAGGAAAUGCCUGAAUGCAACGAGGUCGAUGACAUGGAUGCCAUCGUCGCUGAUUUCUACACCGCUGCCGAAUGUGUGAACGAACUGACCCAAUACUACUCUCUCACCAGGCCCGACACUGUUUCUUCGUUCGAAGGUGUGUCGGACCCGAGACUUAAGGAAAUCCGCACGUCCCUCGGUGCAGCCAUGCUCGGUGUGGCAGGAAAGAUCCCAGGUAGCCCAUGGGCUUAG